CGCACUCGGCGGCAGGCGGGCGCGCGGCUGCAGCUGGAGCUCCAGCGCCCGGAGUUGGAGUUGCCGGGAGUUUUCCCCCAACCCCUCCCUUUUCGCGCGCGGCAGCAGGAGCCGGCGCGGGAGCCGCGAGCGGCGGCGAGCCAGCACCCGGGCCGGCUAAGCCUUGUCCGGAGCCCGGAGCCCCGCGCGGGGCAGCCCCCGGGGAGGAGCCUCGUGCGCUGGGACGCGUGCGGCGCACUGGCACGGCUGGGGCGCGAGCCAGGCUGCACGAUUCACUGCGUGCUGUCCUCACUUCUUCUACAAUGAGUGCCAAAUCUGCUAUCAGCAAGGAAAUUUUUGCACCUCUUGAUGAAAGGAUGCUGGGAGCUGUCCAAGUCAAGAGGAGGACAAAGAAAAAGAUUCCUUUCUUGGCAACUGGAGGUCAAGGCGAAUAUUUAACUUAUAUCUGCCUGUCAGUGACAAACAAGAAACCCACACAGGCGUCCAUUACAAAGGUCAAACAGUUUGAAGGCUCCACAUCAUUUGUUCGGAGAUCACAGUGGAUGCUCGAGCAGCUUCGCCAGGUUAAUGGUAUCGAUCCUAAUGGGGAUUCGGCAGAGUUUGAUUUGUUGUUUGAAAAUGCUUUUGACCAGUGGGUAGCCAGCACAGCGUCAGAAAAAUGCACCUUCUUCCAGAUCCUCCACCAUACCUGCCAGAGGUACCUCACAGACAGGAAGCCAGAGUUUAUUAACUGCCAAUCCAAAAUUAUGGGAGGAAACAGCAUCCUCCAUUCAGCUGCUGACAGCGUGACCAGUGCAGUGCAGAAGGCAAGCCAGGCCUUGAAUGAGCGUGGAGAGCGAUUAGGCCGAGCAGAGGAGAAGACAGAAGACCUGAAGAACAGCGCCCAGCAGUUUGCAGAAACUGCGCACAAGCUUGCCAUGAAGCACAAAUGUUGAGAAACUGCCUGUCCUGGUGACCCUUCUUAAGAGAAACUGAAGAGUUUGUUCAGCAGUUUUUACAGGAAUUCGGGACUUCCGCUUGCUUCUUUUUUUCCAAUAUUUGGACACUUAGUAUGGUUUUUGUUUUUUCUUUUCAGAUGUUAAUGUGAAAGAAAGGGUGUUGCAUUUUUACAUUUCCCUAAUGAUCUUGCUAAUAAAUGCUACAAUAGCAUCAGCUUCAUUUUGGGUUUUUGCCUCCUCCCACUGUGUGUGUGUGUGUGUAUAUGUAUGUUCUGAAUAUGUUUUCUUUAUUAAAAAAAAAUUUUGUAGUUUAAAUAUGAAAUUUGGACCAACUGAUAAACUGCGCUGAGUCUAAACUGGCAACAUGUAUUUUUUUUUUUCUCUGAUAUUAAACAGGAAGGCAUUUUAAUGUGGUGACAUCAGAUGUUAUUUUUCCUAGAUGAAAAUAAAAGUCAAGCAGUGAUUAGUUUCACUCACCGUCCUAGCUACACUUAAUUUGAAGAUUAAAAUUCUACAUUGUGGAAAACAAUUGAAUUUAUUGGGGAAAACAGCAGUCUUAGAUUUUGCUCCUUGUAUAGUAAUCUCUUGCAUGAACCAUCACCAGCAUUCAAAAAAAAAAAAAAAAAAAAACAGAAUCACAGAUAGAAA